UUUAUUGUUUUAACCUCUUACCCAACGAGCGAUACAUUAAAUCGGUUUCUUGUUCUUACAACGGUUUUCUUUACCCAAAUGGUUUGGUAUCUGAUUUAUUUUAAUUUUGUGUGUUAUCCAUAAUCAUCUUAAUCAACUUUAUCAUCGCCAAAUAACCUAAUAAAUAGGGUUUUUGCUUAAUCAUCAUUAUCUUCAUGUAAUUAUUGCUGUUCAUCUUAUUUUCCUUUUUCUAGUUCUUCUUUGCCUGGAUUCGGCUAUUUCCAUCUUCUCACUGGUUUACCUAAUUUGUUCACGCAAGGAUAAACCUUAAUUGGGUUUGGACUUUUGAUUUGAUUUGUUUCUCUGUAUUAAAUCAAUUGUGAUCAUUAACUUGUCUAAUUUCAACCUUCAUUUGUUUUCCAGUCAAUUUGUAAUUAAUGUAAAUAUUCAUCCUCAUUCUCUGAUUUGUCAGUGAAAAUGUGCUUUUUUCUCACUGUUCAAUGAAUUGUGGUAACAAAAAAAAUGAAAGACCAGCUGAUUUUUACUAAUUGUGAGCUGGAAUAAACGAGUCUACAUCAGUUAACAAGUUGAUUUGUGUUGAAUAUUCAGUUUACCAAUGUUAUGUGCUGAGAAGUUAAUCAAUUAACAAACAACAGUUUUUACACAGUUUCUAAUUAAAAAUUGAUCUCACAUUGAUUGUUGAGAGCUAAUUAUUCCCUGGUUUGUUUACUUUUCCUCCUCAUGGUUACAUUUGACUGGAUAUUAAUGUUAUUGAAGUACCCAACUUUUGCUGGUUGAAUUACAAUUUAAUAUAAAUCUAAAUAUAACCCACAAUCAAACUGGUAACAAAAAAGAUAUCUAAUGUGACAGAAGAUGAAACAACGAUGGUUUUCUUUUGCAUAAACAAAGAAUCAGACGAUCUAAAAUGAUAGUGUCACCAAUGAGUCGACAAGAUAUUUUUUGUUAUCAUUGGUAAUUAAUUGUUUUCUAAUCAGUGAUCUUUUGUUAUUAAUCAUUGGAUAUUGAUUUUCAAUCAAGUACAAUGUCUGUCUAUUGUACAUUACCUCGUGGUGGUGGUGUUGGUGUUGAAGGAUCUGGUUCUUUUUACCAUUCAUCGAUUCACUCGUCUUUUCCGUCUUCCUCUUCAUCUUCGUCGUCAAAUUCAUCAUCAUCUACGAUAACAAGUGAUACAUCCAUGUUAACUCAAGGAGAAACAAUUGGUUCUAAUUAUCAUCAUUCAGUUAAUCCGAGAUAUCAACAUCAAUCAAUCAAAACAAUGUUUAACAAUCCUUACAGCAACUCUCAACAACAGCAACAGCAGCAACAACAACAACAGGCAAUUUUUAAUGAAACCUCAAACUCUACCAACAGUUUAGCUUACAGUUUAAUUAACAAAAAUCAUUCUCAUCAUCAACAACUGUUAACUAAACAUCAGCAAGAUUUUCAAGAUUACAAUCACCAGCAACAACAACAAAAUGCACCUCAAAUGAUGAAUCCUUCAUUAACAUUGAAUUUGAAAAAUUAUACACCGGCCUCAUCUGUAUUACCAAGUCCUAAUGGUAAUCAGUUCAAUUUACCUGUGUCACCCAAUGGUUUAAAUGUGUGCAAUAAUAAUACAUCCAUUGGGAUACCUAACAACAUGAACAAUCAAUCUCAAAUUGAACCAUUUCAAUCUCAGCUAGACCAGCAAUCUUUACACUUGACCUUACCCAGACCAGAGCCUCAAAGGAUUUAUUAUGGAUUGGACAGUUUUGAUGAUCUCAAAACAAUUAGGAGAAACAGUAUAACCUCUCUUUUUGAGGAUCCAUCAACACCCAAUUUUUAUGGUGAUGAAGAUUCAGCCUACGAUUCAACAAGUAAUGAAUCUCUUCGAUUAACAGCUAAAGAAUUGACCAAAAGACCAAAUAGUAAAAAAUAUUUCACUUUACCAACCAAAUUGGGGCGCCGAUUGAGAAAAUCAAGUUGCCCUGAAUUCAAUGGAACCAAUAGCUUGACACCAAGUCCUGUAUCCGAUUGUCCACCAACAUCCAAAUUGAUAUUUAACGGGCCAACCUUUCCUCCCUCUAAAUUAUCCUCAGCUUCUUCUUCAAUCUCAUCCUCAUCCUCGGUAUCGCCACCAUCAACAUUAUCAUCUUUAUCAUCAUCGCCAUCUUCCUCCUCUUCCUCCUCGCCAUCUUCAAAUGUCUCAAAUGUCUCAGUAUCAGUCUCAUCGUCCUCUUCAAUGGUAAAUGAAAUGUCUGCCCCUCAUCUUCACCAUCACAACCAUCAUGUUGACAGUUGUAACAGCAAUCAAAUAUCCCAUGCAACUGUUACUUCAACAACUUCCACUGGUGCCAAUGAAAAUGUCUGCCAUUGUUGUUAUCUUCUUGGUUGUCACAGUAAUCAAGGCUCAACCAAUACUGUCCAUUACCAAAAUAAUCAACAGCAACAACAGCAACCCAAACAUGGCCGAGUUAAUCCUGGUUCAGUCAAUAGCAACGUUAUUUCAUCAACAGGUCAACAAUCAACCUUGGAAACACUUUGGGAGGAACCAUCUUCCGGUCAUGAGUCCGUCCGGUUGACUGAGGAAGCAAUAUAUGCCGCCAUGAGAGAGCUGAACAUCUCAUUACCCUCAAAAGACUCGGUCAAUGGUCAACCAGUUGCUAAUAGGAAUACAAGUUGGUUGAGAGCUAAUUUUUUAAAAGCAUUCAGACGAUCCUCUUCAUCAUCAUCAUCUAAAAAUCGAUCAUCCAAGUUGAUUCAAAGUUCAUCAUUGACGGCAAGCAAUAAUGUCUCUUUGAAUUAUGACGAGAGUAAAAAAAAUGAACCCAAAAAUGGAUCUGGAAAUGGACAGGAAAAUGAAGCCAAUGGACAGCACCAACAACAAUAUGCAGAUGUUAUUGAUUCGGGUGCAAGUGAAGUAUCAAGUAAACGCAUCUCUUCGGGUCCUUCAUCAGCGUCUUCAUUAUCAUCUUUACCUCUUUCAUGUUCAUCUAUUCCUCCCACACCACCUUUAACACCUUUACCUUCAUACCAUUUACAGCAACAAUUAACUGUAAACCCGAACCAAUUAUCUCAGUCUGUCUAUCCCAGUGAACAAGAUGUUAUUAAAGAGUUAAAUAGACAGUUGGCUGAAAAAGAUCAGCUUCUUCAAGAGGUUUGCAUGGAGUCAAUUAACCAUUUGAAUACAAUUGAAAAUUUAAAGGAAUUGGUGACCCAAUUAAGAGGAGAGAUUGACUUGUUAAAGAAACAGAAUGACCAGUUAAAUGCCAAAUAUUCAAUUAAUAGUAAUCAAAUGGACAAAAUUAAAUCAGGUUACUAAGAGUAUUACCUUUUACUCUUAUAUUAUAUUAUAUGUUAUUUUAAACUUACCAUUCGCUGGGUUACAGUUUAUUUUGAUUGAAAUUUUCACAAAAAUUUAUUUAUUCUCAUGGCGAAUCAUCAAUUACAAUUGUUGCUAAUAUGAAUAGAUUACAAUUAAAACCAAUUUUUUUCCUUUUCAAA